AUGGCUGAAGAAAAGAAUAAGAAGAGCGUCAUUCAAUCGGACGACAAUGACGAUGAGUACUCAUGUGACAAAGACUCGGAGCAGCAGACAGAGCUGAGUUCGAUUCUGGAUAAACUUAGCUUAGGACCCAAGAAAGAGGAGAAGAAGCUCUUGGUCUUGAGUCUGAGUGGUCUACUUCUACACAGAGUCCACAUGAAAAACAUGCUGAAAAAGCCAAGGAACCGUGAACCGGAUGCUUCUUGUGGGCCAAAUCUAUUGUAUAAGAGGCCAUUUGCUGAUGAAUUCAUGAAGUUUUGCCUUGAGAGAUUCCAAGUAGGGAUUUGGUCCUCUGCUUGCGAGAGAAAUGUUGAUAUUGUCCUAAACAUCAUUCUUGAUAAUCUGCAAGAUAAGCUUCUUUUUGUGUGGGAUCAAGACGAGUGCACCGACAGUGGAUUUAAGACACUGGAGAACAGUGCUAAACCUAUGUUCUUUAAGGAUCUUUCUAAAGUGUUUAAGUGCUUUAAAGGCUUUUCUCCUUCAAACACUGUCUUCAUUGAUAACGAGCCCUACAAAGCUCUUCUUAACCCUGAGAAUACAGGCGUUUUCCCUUUGAGCUAUAAUGCUUCUGACAAAAACGAUGAUUUUCUUGAUCCAGAAGGAGAGUUCUGUUCAUACUUGGAUGAUCUUGCUAAAUCAACCGAUGUUCAAGCCUAUAUAAAAGAGCAUUCUCUUGGUCAGCCAAUGAUCGAUUCUUCUCAUCUUGAUUGGUCUUUCUACCGCAAAGCCUCAAAGAAUGUCUCUUAA